GUAGUCAAUCAAUUAAUUUGGUUGCUAUAGGAUUGGCAAGCUAAACUGUGAUUUUUUUUGUUGGCAAUUUCAAAUAUAAUGUUUUGUUUUUACCAUGAGAACUUUCUAAAGAGAUGAGAUAUAAAUGAAAUGCUGGAAUUGUGUUUAAUUGUGUGAAAAAUGACUUAGACCUAGUUUGUAAUGGAACGUCAUUUGUGUAAUGAGUCUCAAAGACGAAUGGCAGACAUCUUGGAGACAGAAAGGAAUAAUGAAAAGAGCAGUGGCAGUGUUGAGUCCAAAUCAGGUUCCAAUAUUGUAAAAUUUGCAUAUCCUGUUGAGCAGUCUCGCCCUGUAAAACAGCCUCUAGGGGGCCUAGACCUAAAAAGUAGACUCUAUGAUCGACCAGAAGAUGCUCAGGUGUUCCAGCGCUUAGGACUUGGAUCAAAACCAAAGGGUUCAGGCAUAAUACCUAGCCCACCAACUGGAAGACCAAACCGAAGAGCGGCAUUCAGAACAACUUUUUUCAAAGAAGAUCGAAAUCGCCUGAAACAACAGAGGGAAAAGAAGAAAAAUAGAGAGACAGAUUUUAAAGAUGAUAUCAGCAUUAAAGAUAAAAGGAAAUCUGAUAAUGUGAUUAGUGUUAAUGGAAACCAUGAUGUCAGGUCAGAGGUCAAGGAUGCCAAGGAAGAAAGACCGGCAUUGGAGAAAGCAGAGAGUAUAGGAAGUGAAGACAAUCAUAGUGUAAUCAUUGAUGAUAAUAAAGAUGAUGAUGUCAUAUCAGUCAAGUCACAUGACACUGAUAUACAAGAAGUAAAGGAAUCAAGACCCAUUGUCUUAGAACACCUUGAUGUAGGAGCUGAAGACAUCGUGUUUCAUAUUUUGCGAUUGCGACGGAAGUUGGGACUGACUGUGGAACUACCUCGUCAUGGAGUUGGCGUUAGAGAGAAUCUUUCUGCACUUGAAAAGACCAUUGAUGGAUCUGUUAGUGAAUUGGCAGAUACAUCAGAAGAUACUGGUGAAUUCUUGUAUGGUCUUCCAAUGGAGCGUAACAAUCCUAGGGGGCGCUAUAUGCCGUAUGAUUUAGAGGUUGUAUCGACAGAAGAGGGCCAGUCUUCCAAAAUGUACUUCACUGCAAGUGCAACAUCUGUAGGAAUACAUAUUGAAGACUCCAAUGGAGACGAGUAUUUGGAACUUACUCCUAUCUUACAAUGGCUUUACGAGAGGAGGCUCUUUAAGGCAGUGUACAACCAACCUGUGUUUGUCAAAUUCAGGAUGUGGAAAGCAUUUACUGUAUGGAAGAAGAAUGUUCGUGGUUUAAAAAUGUCCAGUCGCAAAGCUGUUAUGAUAAAACAGCUGUUCACAGCUAAUGAGCUGCUACAGCGUUGCUUGCUACACGUCCAGGCCCAGUGUGAGGCAGCAGCCAGCAGUCGGCUAGCGGUUGGUGUAGGGGAUAAAGCCAUUUCAUUGCUGGUCAUUGAUCAACAUGUGACUCUGGAUUUAGAUCAGUUUUGUGCCAUACAGGCCAAACAGUGCAAUGAGGCAUUGGAUCUACUGAAUAGAAUGAGGUCGAAAUUAGUCAAAGUAUGCUGGGAAUGCUGUGUGAAAGUAGCUGAAAUGGAGGGUGUUAAAUACAAUUUCCAACCUCAUUCUGGACCACUGAUGAAGAAGGUUUCUAGUGCAAAUCUAAAGAAUAAAAAUACAAAUGGUCCCACGUACACGGAGAUUGCACAGUGGCGUAACGUUCUUGCACGUUUGUCCAAGUUCCUCCGAGCUGCCGACUACCUCAUACUCAACUUGCUACGCAGACUGGUGAAGAAUGCAGUGAAGACUUUAACAGAGUUUUUCCAGACUUCUUUGGAUACAGGAAUCGGCAUGGAUGCUGAUGAGAAUGAUCCUGAAGGAAUAGCAAAAAGAAAUCUUUUGAAGAAGGCAGCAUUACAGAAUGAUGAGGUUGAAGAAACCAAGAAUGUUAUAGACAAGGUUUUAGAUGAAAUAAAAGAGCAAGAGUUUGUGGAGAUGCCACCAGAACCUGUCUUUCAGCUAAAGUUGGUUCUCAAUGUACCAGAAAGAACCUCAACACCAGGCUCGCGUAGAAGCUCACAUUCAAGACGGAUAUCUGAGGAGAGAUCACAUCUUCAAUCCCCACAGAAAAAGAGUGUGACCUUUGUCGAGCAAGAUUCUGAUUCCAGCAGUGACUCUGAGAACGAAGAGGAAAGUAGUGAUGUUACCAAUUCAGACGAUGAAGAUGAAAAUGAAGAUGAAGAUGGAAAUGACACGUAUGCUUAUCCAGAAAGUCAUAGAAAUGAAGUGGCAGAUGUGAUAGAUGCAGAAAAGCCAAAGGUUAACAUUACAUUGCAACCAUCUCAGUCCAUGUUUGUCUCCAAAGUUCAGGGCAUUAUUGCUGGUUUUGAACAUACUGUGGGCCAGGUGCAAGCCCUACAGCGUGAACCUCAUUUAGCAGUAUUCUGGUUGCCUCCAUGCUACGACCUUAAGCUCUCAGUAGAUAGGGAGGAAGAGGAAGCUCAGAGGGAACAGAGCCGACCCUGGCCUGACCUAGAACUGCUUUUUGGAGAAGAUCCUGAAUACCAAACUAUUGUGGCCAACACGAUUGACCUUGUGUCGGAGAACCUUGAUGUUGUACAGGAAUAUGCUGAGGAAUUUCAAGAUUAUUGUGCUAUGGUUGAAAGGUCACAGCAAAUAGAAGUUGAGAAAUCAAUGAAGCGGAAAGAAUGGUCAACUGAGGAAUUCCAUCGUAUACUUGGGUCGCAUUCUGAGAUGAUUCGUCUAAUGAAAGACAUGACUAAAUUAAAACGCAAAGGAAUGAUCCAAGUGGAGAGCUUGGGAUUCCAGGAAGCUUGCAUCCCAUACCCUACAAAAGUGAUGACAGCAGUCCAGCAAAAACUACCAGUUAUUUGCAACAGAAGGAAUGAGCAUCUGAUGCAGAUUAUUAAGAGUUCUUCAAAGAAAUUGGACCACAUGCCAAAGACAGUAGAAGAGUUUGUUGAGCAUCUGUCAUUUCUUGGACGCAUUGGUGCGGAGUUGUCCAUGCUUGAGCAGGAGUAUGUCGUAGUCACCAAGCUGUUUACCAUUGCUAAUGAUUUUGGCGCAUAUAUCGCUCCUGAGGAGCUAGCACUUUAUCAAACACUCAUGCCAAGUUUCCAACAUCUUAAGAGCACAAUCAUAGCAUGUGAAGCGAGAAAAGAUGAGAACAUCUCCAAGUUUAGCGAUGACUUGAAGACACACAUACAGACACUACAUGCCGAGGCAUUUGAGAUGCGUAACCGAGUCAAUGCACCAGGGCUACUGAGCUCAGACACACUGGGGAUCGUUGCUCUUGAGAGAUUGAAACUUUUAAAUGAUGAAGUAGGAGCUCUAACGACCAAAGCAAGGAGCUACGCCAGCUAUCAAGAUCGUUUUGGUAGCUCUAUCUCAAGCAAGAAAAAGGUGCAUGGUUAUUUUGAUGAAAGUUUUUAUAGUAAACACGAUACCAGUAUCACAGCUCAACAGGUUCUUGUUGACUUGUCUGAAUUAGAACGAGAUCUCCAACUCCGUAGCCUGCUGUGGGAGUCAUCUAGCGAGUGGGAAAGUCUCGUUGAGGAGUGGACAGCUACACAGUUUGAUCAACUUAAAGUGGACAGUGUCCAGAAAAAUGUUAACAAGUUCACACAAACUGUGUUUAUGCUUGAGAAAGGACUUCCUGCCAAUGAAGUGCUCCCCACUCUUAAGGAAAAUGUUGUGAGCUUUAAGAAGGGAAUGCCAGUGAUCUCAUCUCUCAGGAACCCUGCUCUGAGAUCCAGACACUGGAAAGAGAUCCAAGAUCUCAUUGGCAGGAAUAUUCUCAUUGAAAAGAAAUUUUCUCUUGGAAAGCUACUUGAACUACAAGUGUUUGAGCAUAAAGACCGCAUCAAUGAUAUCUCAACCCAGGCCAGCAAUGAAGCAACUUUGGAAGUGAUGCUGACUAAGGUGAUUGAUUUUUGGCAAGGAACUGAUUUCCGUCUGGUUCCUCAUGGAGGUCGGGAUAUUGUUAUUAUCUCCGGAGCUGAUGAUAUCACCAUACAGCUGGAAGAAAGUCAAGUUACCGUAGCAACUAUCAGAGGCUCCAGAUAUGUUACGCCUAUCAAGGCUUUGGUGGAAGAAUGGGAUAGGAAACUGAAUGUGUUUUCAAGGACUUUGGAUGAAUGGAUGACUUGCCAGAGAAACUGGCUAUAUCUUGAACAGAUAUUCAGCACACCUGAUAUCCAGAGGCAACUUCCAAGUGAAGCUAAACUGUUCAUCCAGGUCGAUAAAAGUUGGAAGGAAGUAAUGCGUAGGACAGAGGACCGACCCAAUGCCCUCAGGGCUGCCACUGCUCCUGGUGUCCUGGAGAUCUUGCAAGCCAAUAACUCUAAUCUAGAGAAGAUACAGAAAUGUUUAGAAGACUACCUUGAAACCAAGCGCUUAGUCUUCCCACGAUUCUAUUUUCUGAGUAAUGAUGAACUUCUUGAUAUUCUGGCCCAGAGCAAGAAUCCAGAAGCUGUACAGCCUCAUCUGGUGAAAUGUUUUGGAAACAUAAAAUCGUUGGAGAUUGUCUAUGAGCCUAAGUUACCCCCUACAGUAGCAACCAUGAUCUCAGCGGAGGGAGAAGCUGUCCUCAUGCCUAAGAAUGUUCGGGCUCGUGGACCUGUUGAACAGUGGUUAGGUAGUGUUGAGUCUGGUAUGUUUGAUACAGUGAAAAGGAAUCUGAAGGAGAGUAUGCAUAAGUGGGGAGGAGCAUUCUCUGAUUGGACCCUUGACCAUCCUGGUCAGAUCAUCCUCACAGUGGCACAAAUAAUGUUCAAUCGAUCAGUGAUAACCAGCAUGAACUCUAAUGAGCCAGCUACUGCCCUUGAGAAGACAUGCAGUGACCUGAUAAACAAUCUGAACACCCUUGCAGGCCUAGUCACUGAGAAUCUAGCAACUCACCAACGGAUGAGUGUAGAGGCCUUCAUCACCAUCUUAGUCCAUUCCAGAGAUAUUCUUAUGAAUUUAAUUCAGAAUAAAGUCUUCACCGAUGAUAGUUUUGAAUGGCAAAGGCAACUACGCUAUGAAUGGGACGAACAGCACAAUUCUUGCCAAGUCCGUCAAGCUAACGCUAGUUUCUUGUAUGGCUACGAGUAUCUAGGCUGUUCCGCGAGACUUGUCAUUACUCCACUCACCGACCGCUGCUAUUUGACAUUAACUGGUGCUCUUCAUCUACAUCUUGGAGGUUCACCAGCUGGGCCUGCUGGUACCGGCAAGACAGAGACCGUCAAAGACUUGGCUAAAGGCAUCGGCAAGCAUUGUCUUGUAUUCAAUUGUUCUGAGGGUCUGGAUUAUAAGACACUAGGCAAGUUUUUCUCUGGACUUGCUCAAUCUGGGAGUUGGUGUUGCUUUGAUGAGUUCAACAGAAUUGAUGUGGAGGUGUUGUCUGUGGUUGCCCAGCAACUACACAGCAUUAAGACUGCAAAGGAUGCCUCUGCUCUCAGGUUUAUGUUUGAAGGACGAGAUACAAGACUGAAUCAUUCAUGUGGAGUCUUUAUCACAAUGAAUCCUGGAUAUGCAGGGCGUGUGGAGUUGCCAGACAAUCUCAAGUCCUUGUUCCGGCAAGUUUCCAUGAUGGUGCCUGACUACACUUUGAUUGCUGAGAUCCUACUCUUUGCUGGAGGGUUCACUACUGCUAAAUCACUCUCCAGUAAGAUUGUCAACCUCUAUCAACUAGCAAGUAAACAGUUAUCACAACAGGACCAUUAUGAUUUUGGAAUGCGUGCCAUAAAGUCUGUUCUAGUCAUGGCAGGUCAGAGAAAGCGUGGUUUCCAAGGACAGAAAGGAAGAGUGCUGAAUGAAGAAGAGGAAUCUCAUCUGUUAAUUCAUUCGUUGCGUGAUGCAAAUUUACCAAAGUUUAUUGCAGAAGAUGUGCCGCUCUUUGAGAACAUUCUGGCAGACCUUUUCCCAGGAAUAAAUCCACCAUCUCCAGAAUAUGGCAACCUAGAGAAAGCAAUAUCUAUGGCUGUCCAUGAUUUGAAUGUCCAGCCUUGGCCAGCCCAGUUGACCAAAGUCCAGCAGCUAUUCAGUCAGUUACAAGUACGGCAUGGUGUCAUGCUAGUAGGGCCAAGCGGAGGGGGUAAGACCAUGGUACGGAAUAUCCUGCAUAGGGCAUUGGUUCUUCUACCAACCUUACAUACCCUUAAAGAUGAACAUGGUAAUCGGUACAUUAAAACAUAUGGUAAGAAGGGACGUGUAGAGACAUCAGUUAUAAACCCAAAAUGUGUCAACAUGGGUGAGUUGUACGGAGAGACGAACCCUAACACACUUGAAUGGAGUGAUGGUCUGUUACCUUCAGUUAUGCGCCACUUUUCUAAGGAAGCAAUGGAAAUGGCACUUGCAGGUGUGGAUGAGAGUGACAGACCGUCUACCACAGCUUCUAACUUAACAUCAGUAACAAGAGGCAGAAAGGAUAGUACAAGUAGUUAUGCCCAAAGUCGUCAUACCAGCGCUAGCUCCACUACAACUAUGGACGUUGAUCAGGAGACUGUUAAAACCAGCGAGAGAGAGAAUGACAUGAGUGACGAGACCCCAAAUGAUUGGCAUUGGUUGGUCCUGGAUGGUCCUGUUGACACUCUGUGGAUUGAGAACUUAAACACGGUGCUGGAUGAUAGUAAACUGCUGUGUCUAGCCAGUGGAGAGAGAAUCAGUAUGGCCAGGGGAAUGAGGCUUCUAUUUGAGGUGGAUAACUUAUCCCAGGCUAGCCCAGCUACUAUUAGUAGAUGCGCUAUGAUAUACAUUGACCCAGUUGACUUGGGAUGGAAGCCAUAUGUAAAAACAUGGAUUUCUAAGCUACCAAAAGAAUUUCCUGAGAGUGGUAAGAAGCAUCUACAUGCCCUGUUUGAAAGAAGCGUUGAUCGAGGACUAGACUUUGUACAUGCACAUGCCAAACAGCAACAUGUACCUGCUACGGACAUGAACAUCAUCUCUAUGCUAUGCCACUUGCUAUCUGCUUUCGUUAAUUUUAUGGGGAAAAAUGGUGGAUACGGUAAGAGAGACGCUACUGAGAGAUCUGGUGAUAGCAGACAACAGUCAGGCCAUUCAUCCAGACUUGGUUUUAGAAAGACAGGAAGUAAGCUUACUAGUAGUUCACAUGACUCUGAUGCUGGGUCAAUCAAAUCUGGAAAAGAAUGGUACAUGAACAAAAGCCCGGAUCAGUUACCUACAUUGCUCGGCAAACUGUUUGUGUUCUGUUUUACCUGGUCUGUCGGUGGCAACCUGAAACGUGUCGAUGAUGCGGAUGAUGAUGGAGGAAUCAACCUUGGUAGCAAAACAUCUAACCGUAAGGUGACGGUUGAGAGUAACAUUGCUUAUGACUUUGAUGGUCUUGUGAGAGAUACGUUUGAUAUUGAGCCCCCACUGGGUGUUCGCCUUCCCUCGGGUAGCAGGACCAUCUUCAAUUAUUUUGUCAACAUGGAGAAUGGUAAAUUUGUAAGCUGGGAUGUCCUAGUGCCCAGCACUAAGUCGCUGAUUGACAAGGGUGUGGCACAUGUAUCUCUCGGGGAACAAAUGGGCUUACCUGCCCAAGUAAGCCAGAAGGUGCAAUUGGAGGAGGGGGAGCUGGUGACGACUGUGGACACAAUACGUUACUCAUUUCUCACUAGUCUUUUGUUGCUCAACAAACAUCCUGUCUUGAUAACAGGUGAUUCUGGUGUUGGUAAAUCAGCAGUAGUGACCCAUGUAUUGAAGCGUUUGGCCAGAUCACGUGGUGCGUCCACUGAGCACGGGACAAUCCUUGGUGAGGUUCUGCAGUACUCGGAGCGAGGCACCAGUGUUCUGUCCAACAUCGCUUCACUUACCUCUGGCUUCCUUGGAGAUGAUGACUUUCAAACAGGUGAGGUGCAGUUAAAGUCAAUGUUGGAAAUGGGAGUAGGAGGGCCAAGUCGUGAGAUGGCUGAAGCAAUUGUAUCCACCACUCUGCAGCUAAGUGCCCAGACCAAAGCUGAUCGAAUCCAGGCCCAGAUACAACAUAAACUGAUCAAAAAGGGCAAGAAUAUGAUGGUUGCCCCACGAGGAAAAAGGUUAAUAGUGUUUGUGGAUGACCUUAAUCUGCCAGCACCAGAAGAGUUUGGCGCUCAACCACCUCUGGAGCUUAUUCGUCAAUUCUUGGAAUUUGGUGGAUUCUACGAUACAAAGAAACUUCUUUGGAAGGAUAUACUUGAUGUAACGCUAAUUGGUGCUUGUGCACCGCCUGGAGGUGGCCGACAAACGAUCAGCCCACGACUGCUAAAGUACUUCAGCCUGCUUAGCCUACCACAACCAUCCAUUAAGUCUCUCCAGCACAUCUAUCAAGUUCAACUUGGUAGGUUUGUUGAAAACCAGGAUUUCCUGCCAGAGGUGAAGGAGUUACUGAACCCAAUGGUGUCUGCUUCCAUAGCUAUCUACUAUAAGAUGUGUUUGAAUUUACUACCAACUCCUGCUAAAACCCACUACACAUUCAACUUGAGAGACCUAUCCAAGGUCAUUCAAGGCUUGCUACAGGCAGACAAGACAGUGGUCACAUCUAUGGAGUCAGCUGGUCAGUUACUUGCCCAUGAGGCUACCAGGGUAUUUCAUGACAGAUUGAUGGAUGUUGAUGACCGUAUGAUGUUCUUCAGCUUUUUAGAAGAUGACCUUCACAACCACUUUAAACUUAAGUGGUCAGCUGAACAGCUCUUUGCCAAACCCUUAAUGUUUGGAGACUUUAUGGACGUGAAUGCACCCUCAGCUGAGCGUAUUUAUCGUGCCAUGCCUGAUCCAAGUCGCACCGUGCAAGUCCUUGAAGAUUACUUAGUACGAAUGAACUUUGGCACUUCCCAGGGCACUCAGAUUGUCUUUUUCAAGGAAGCAGUUGAGCACAUAGUAAGAGCAGCCAGAGUGUUCCGACAACCUGGAGGUCACAUGCUUCUUGUUGGGAUGGAUGGCACAGGGAAGUCCACAACUGUCCAGCUAGCCUGCCUCAUCUCAGGCUGUGAGCUCUUCCGCCUGAAUCUCACACGAACUUACAACAUCAGCGAUUAUAAGGAAGACUUGAAGAAAGGAUUCUGGAAGGCAGGCCUACAGGGUUUGAACACUGUAUUCCUCAUGACUGAUAGUGAUAUAGUUAUGGAAACCUUCUUAGAGGAUAUCAGUUGCAUCCUGAACUCUGGUGAGGUUCCGGAUCUCUUUGAUAAUGAUGAUAUGGAAUCUAUUUCAAUGGAACUGAAGAGGGUCGCAGCAGAAGCUGAGAUUCCUGACACCAGAGAUGCAAUGUAUCAGUACUUUAUCCAGCGUGUGAGGCGUAACCUACAUGUGGUAAUAGCAACUAGUCCAGCCGGCAAUACGUUCCGCCAGAGGUGCAGAAUGUACCCUUCUCUGAUCAAUUGCUGUACGUUGGAUUGGUUUGAUAAGUGGGGAGAGGAAGCCAUGUUGAAAGUCGCUCAAGUGUAUCUUGGUCAUAUUCAGUUUGACGGCAUCAACGGGCUACAAGACAUACCUCUUUUGAAGGAUAGCAUAGCUAAAGCAUGUGUUGAUAUUCAUAAUAAUGUGGAGACAAAAGCCAACCAGUUUAAGCUGGAAUUGAACCGUCAUUUCUACACGACACCUAGUAGUUACUUGGAUCUUAUACAACUGUACACAAAGACACUGAAAGAAACCAAACAGAAGUUUCUGGAUAAUAAGAACAUGCUAAUUUUACAUAAAUGCUCAUUUUCUGAUGUAGCGGGAUUUGCUAAAUUAUCCAUAGAUACAGAGAUCUUAUUAGAGCAGCUAAAAGUUGACCAGGCAGCAGUAGAUCAAGUAAGAGAAAUUGUUGUCAAAGAGGAGACGGUGAUGAAGCAAGAAACACAAAUGGUUCAAGAUUAUGCAGAUCAAGCACAAAGGGACUUGGAAUCAGUCAUUCCAGCCCUCCAAGAGGCUGUAGCAGCCCUGGAUGCCUUGGACAAGUCAGAUAUCUCUGAGAUCCGUGUGUACACCAAUCCCCCAGAUCUUGUCAUGCAUGUAAUGGGUGCCGUCUGCGUUCUGAUGAAACAUAAACCAGAGUGGAGCACAGCAAAACAUCUUCUAGCAGAUCAAGGUUUCCUCAAAAAACUUGUUAAUUAUGACAAGAGUAUGGUCACCGACAAAAUAUUUGCCAGACUAAAAAAGUUCACAUCGAUGCCAAAUUUUGAACCUGAGAAAGUAGGCCAAGUGUCUCAUGCCUGUAAAUCCAUUUGCCAGUGGGUGUUGGCCCUUCAACACUAUCUUGAUGUUUGUAAGAUGGUGAAGCCAAAACAGCGUCGAGUGGAGGAAGCCAAGGAAGCACUUAGCCUUGCCCAAGAGAGCCUAAAAGAGAAACAAGACAGCCUAGCUAUGAUUGAAAUGCACCUAAGUGAGCUACAGAAACAAUAUGACGACAGUGUCAAUCAAAGGGAAAUGCUACAAGAACGCAAAGUACUAACAACGCUCAGACUGCAGAGGGCAUCUGUCUUACUCACUGCUCUAGCAGAUGAGAAGAUUCGAUGGGCAGAAUCUAUGGACGAUCUGAACUUCCGAUUGGAAGGUAUUGUUGGCGAUACGCUUGUUUCAACAGCAUCCAUCAUCUACCUUGGUGUGUUUACUGCCCCCUAUAGACGAGAAAUGGGUAACUACUGGUAUGAACUGUGCAAGAAAGGCGAUAUACCAAUAUCCCAAAAGUUCUCAUUGAUUGAAACAUUGACAGAAGCAAAUGUGGUUCAACAGUGGCAUAAUGAGGGCCUACCAAGAGACAAGUACUCGGAAGAAAAUGCUAUUUUCGUUAAGUUUGGUCAUCGUUGGCCACUUCUCAUUGAUCCUCAAGGGCAGGGAGCACGGUGGAUAGCUGAGAUGGAAGGAGGUCGACUGAGGAAAGUUCAAAUGACUGACCCCAACUACAUGAGGGUCAUUGAACGAGCAGUGCAGAUUGGAGAACCUGUAUUGCUUGAAGAGAUUGGUGAGAGUUUGGAUCCAGCCUUGGCACCCAUUUUAAACAAACAGCUUAUCAAACAAGGAGGACAAGAUGUUAUUAAGAUGGGCGACACAGAGAUUGAGUAUAAUCAUAAUUUCAGAUUAUACAUGUGCUGCGGUCUGCCAAACCCUCACUUCCUACCAGCUGUUUGCAUUAAAGUCGGACUCAUCAACUUCACUGUUACAUUUGAAGGGCUACAAGAUCAGCUUCUCUCAACUGUUGUUCAACAGGAGCAACCGUUACUUGAGAGGCAAAGGGGUGAGUUACUUGAAAGCAUUGCUAAUGAUACCAAGGAGUUAAGAGACCUUGAGGACAGAUCUCUAAGCCUCUUACAGAAGUCACAAGGUCACAUUCUAGAUGACCAAGACCUUGUGGAGACUCUGGAGAUGAGCAAAAAGAUGUCAGAAGAGAUCCACCAGCGGUUACUGCAGUCUGAAAUUACUCAGAAAGAGCUGGACCAUGCAAGGAAAAAAUAUAUUUCAGUUGCAACAAGAGGUGCCAUUCUCUACUUUGUGUUGGCAGAUCUCGCCAGCAUUGAUGUUAUGUACCAGUUCUCAUUACCCUGGUUCCAAGAGAUGUUCUGCACUUGUAUAAGUCAGACCAAGUCUCAGAUCUCAAGCAGACCAUCCAGUGGUAGUAGACAAGCUCUUGCAGGGCGUCUUAGACCUUCCAGUGCAAGAAGUAGCCCAGACCUUUCAAGAAACCUGUCUGAGAGGAUCCAAACUGGUGAAAGAAGUGAAUUUGAUUUGGAGAAACAUCUCCAGAACAUGGUGUCACAUCUCACAAAAAGCAUUUAUAGAGUUGUCUCCAAGGCCUUGUUUGUUAAACACCAGCUUGUGUUCUCAUUCUUGCUGUGUAGCAGUAUCAAAAGAGUUGGAACAUGGACAACAGAAGAGCAACCUGUUGACCAUGCUAUAUCUGACACAGAAUGGCAAACAUUCCUGCAAACCAAUGUCCUGGCAGAACUUGCGACUGCAGAACAACUUCAAAAACAUGAUGGAUUGACUGCCAUGCAAAGACUGGAAGCAGAGGCUGGGGUCAAAAGACCUCCAGGUUCUCGGGGAUCGUCUGCAUCAUCUGUCCGCAGCACAAUUAAUGUAAGCGGUCAUGUGACAUCAAAGCCUCCAAAAUGGAUCUCUGAGAGCUGUUGGAAGCAAUGCCAGUAUUUGUCGAUGACACUGAAUGGGUUCCAAGGGUUGUGUCACAGCAUUGUAAAUAACAUCAAGCAGUGGGAGAUGUUUGUACGCUCAGAGGAUCCAUUCUAUCUCAUAGAUGAACCUGCUGGGACCUCAGAAGAGUCAACCUUCUUCCGCUGGGAAAAUUUAAAGCUAUUUGAGCGAAUAAUUAUGAUUAAAGUACUGAAACCAGAAUGCCAGAUAACAAGUGUGAAAUCUUACAUCAAGGAGCUAAUGGGAGCAGAGUACCUGGCAAGAGGUGGUCUGGAUCUUAAGGAAGUAUUUGAUGAAUCAAGUGCUAAGCAUCCUCUGAUAUUCAUCUUGUCACCAGGUGUGGACCCAACAGUUGAACUGAUGCGCUUUGCUAAGGACCAACGUGGCAGCACAUUACAUUUGGAUAUGAUCUCGCUUGGACGAGGACAGGGACCUAAGGCUGAGGAAUUGAUUGCUAAGGCACAGAUCUUGAAAGGUCGUUGGGUGUUCCUGCAGAACUGCCAUCUUGCAGCCUCUUUCAUGCCGAGGCUCCAGGCUAUUGUUGAAGGAUUCAAUAAACCACACGCUGAUGUAGAUCCUCAGUUCCGUUUGUGGCUCAGCUCAAAACCAGAUCCAUCUUUUCCGGUCUCCAUUCUUCAGGUUGGAUUAAAGAUGACUGUUGAGUCCCCACAUGGCUUGAAAGGUAAUCUGCAGCGCUCCCUCACCAGCAGUCUGAAUGAGGCUUUAUGGGAUGAUGGCAGCCCAAGCAAGAGCUGGAAGAAUCUUCUCUUUGGUCUGUGUUUCUUCAACGCUGUUGUCCACGAGAGGAAAAAGUAUGGAACGCUUGGUUGGAACAUUCCCUAUGAAUUCACUAUAUCUGAUUUACAUGUUUCUAUACAAGUACUUCAGAUGCUGCUAUCCAGAGAGGAUAUGAUUCCAUGGCCAGCGUUGGAGUAUCAGAUAGGAGAGGUUGGUUAUGGAGGAAGGGUCACAGACAACUGGGAUAGGAGAUGCUUGGGAAGUAUCUUAAAAAAGUACUUUUGUCAGGAAGCCCUGGAACCGGGUUAUUUCUACUCCGACAGCAAGACAUACCACCCCUUAGCCAAGCAGUACAGUUUACAAGAUGUGCAGGUAUACAUAGAUGGUUUACCUGACAUUGACUCACCAGAUAUUUUUGGUAUGCACGCUAAUGCGCAGAAGGCAUUCCAGGAGAAAGAGGGCAGCAGUCUAAUCAGCAUUGUUGCAAGUGUUCAGCCAAGGUGGCACAGCUCAAUUGGAGGGGUGGAUAUGAGCAGUGACAGUAUGGUAAAACAGUUGCUAGUUGAUAUUCAGAACAAGCUGCCUACCAAUGUGGUGGGACAUGAUGAUGAUGAGGGUGAUAAACCACCAAAGACUAAGGCAUCUCGGGACCAAGAUCCUUCAAGAGCUGAUGGGACAUCGUCAGUUCUUGAUACAGUCCUCCAUCAGGAGAUAGGCCGGUUUGAUCAUCUGCUGAAGGCGAUACACAAGUCAUCAAAGUCCCUCCGGCAGGCUCUUAAAGGGGAAGUUGUGAUGUCAGAACAGCUUGAGGAAAUGUACUAUGCGUUACUAGCCCAAAAGGUUCCUACGCUAUGGAAGGUGGUAGCGUAUGCUUCCUGUAAGCCACUGGGAGCAUGGUUAGUUGAUCUACAGCAAAGAGUUGACUUCUUCGCAUGUUGGCAGGAACUUACAGUUGAUAAGAAGAAAGGAAGCAAGAAGACUGGUGAAGGGACAUCAACAGAAAUGCUGGAUAUGGAAUCCAAAAGAACAGCUCCUUCUGCAUUCUGGCUAUCUGCCUUCUUCUUCCCUCAAGGUUUUACAACAGCUAUUCUUCAGAAACAUGCAAGACAGCACCAGCUUCCUGUGGACUCUUUAACAUUUACUUUUCAAGUGAUGUCAACCAGAAGAUCUCCAGAUGAUCAGGAUGAGGAUUCUUUGAACUCUCCUACUAAUGUUAAAGAACUUGUUUUCAAGGAGAUAUCUGUACAAGUACCCGAUGAAGGUGUUUUAGUAUUUGGUCUUUUUCUGGACGGCGCCCACUUCAAUAGGUCUCAAGGAAUUCUCCAAGACUCAUUGCCCGACAGCCGCUUCAGUCCUAUGCCAUACAUUCAUUUUCUACCAACUAAGAUAAGCUUUGCUUCAUCUCACAGCAAAAAGGAAAAUGAAGGUUUGUAUUUAUACCAAUGCCCAGUGUACAGGACAUCAGCUAGGGCUGGAACCCUCUCAUCAACAGGACUAUCAACUAACUUUGUCACGGCCGUUGACCUCCCAACAUACGAGAACCCUGAGUUAUGGAUCACAAGGGGCGUGGCUUUACUUUGUCAACUGGAUGAUUGACAUGUGCGCAGUUAAAGCCAUCCUCUGGUGUCAGUUUUACUGUGUAUAUACAGUGUACAUAUUUUGAGAAGAAUCUAGGAAGUAGGCUUAAGAGGAUAAUGUAAAGUCAGGCUCUGGAGGAAAAAAAGGAAGGAAGUGGAAAAAGAAGGGUGGUUGCACGACUUUUUACCCAAUAAUCACCCUUUUUCCCACUUUUCCCCCAGUUUUUAAAUAUUUAAAAAUCUGUAUCUCAUUAACCGCUUCCAAGUUUUUUGUCAAAUAUGCUUUUUGUGUCAGAUAAAUAAUUUCUACAUCAUAUCAAAAUGGGUUUUUUUUCCUGGCUUUAUUCCGAUAAUUUACUAUGAAUGAGUUCUUGUAUUUUCUUGUAAUUUAUGACAGGUAGCUUGUAUGAUAACAAUAUACUGUUUCUUUCAUCUGUCGUGCAUAACUCUCAUUAUUACUCAUUACUAAAUAAGCACUAAAGCUUUGAACACACCAUCAAGUCUUGUGUGAAAAAUAUCCAAUUUAUGGGUGGUAUGUCAUUAACAUCAUGGCCAUAUAUAGGAAAAUCACACUUAAUUACUGUCUUAACAGCCAAGUGAUUGAAUUGAGACAUUUGCGCUGUACUGUAUUACUAUUUAAACUUGUUGAAUUAAGUACACGUGUAAGCAUGGUUGGCUUUCUAUGCGAGUAAGUCGUCAACCCCAUGUUUUUUCCUUUAUUUGGAGUCCGUAAAAGUAACAAUGAGACUAUUUCGUGAAUUUUUACCUUGAUAAACCAACUAAUUGCCUUUGUUUUUGAAAAAGAACACCACCUUUGAAUAAAAUAGAACAGUUGCCAAGGUACCUGCGUGUAAGUGGUAGUGAUGGCAACGCUAUCUCAAAAUCGUGGAUGUGCAUUUUUCUCCUCUUCACGUUCGCGCCUGUUCAUAAAUUUAGUAUAUGUUUGUUGUGGUUUAAAAGCUCCUUUUACUGUGGAAGGCGCUAUAAAAACACAUGACCAUUGAUCAGAAAUUAGUAGAUGUUUGUUUGUUAUUUUUUGGUUUCUAUGGUUACUUUUAUAUACAGUAGAACCCCUCAUUUACGAACCCCGAUUUGUCAUACGAACCGUCUCCAAAACAAUAGCCCUCAUUCCCUUUAGUAAGUCGCACUGAAUUUUAAAUAUAUCAGUAGAUAAAACUUACUGUCCUAAUUGGAAAUCCUCUAAUUCUUGUUACUAAUUAAUGAACAGUUGAGUAUGUUAAUGUGGUUUUUUUUUUAAUUACAAAAAUUACCCCAAACAGGGUCUUUGAAGCCACUUCUACGUAAGGGGUUCUUGACAUGAUUCCUGCCCAACUUUCAUAGAAGGCUACAAGUAUAAUUUAAAGUCUUUAAAUUUAUUAGUUCCUGGGUGAGAAACGGCCUGUAUCAGUAACGUUAAUUCUAAUGUGUAUGUUACUGCGACCAUUAGCUCUUCCAUUUCUGCUUGUACAGUAAACUUAAUUACCAACCAUAAACAGAAAUUAGAAAUUUCUUUGCCGAAUCAAUUCUCGAAUGAGAUAACAAAAGUUCUCUCUUACUCUCUGUUUAUACCAUAGAAGCUACAGUAUUUGCAACAGAUAUUUAUAACAUAUCUUACUUAAAUAUUUUAAUAUAAUUAUAUAUGAAAAUAAUAAUAUAAUAAUCCGUCCAUUGAGUAUAAGUGCUUUAAGAUUGUCAUCCAAAUUUAGAGUUAUAUUUUUAACAAAGAUGAUUGUUUUUGAUAAAUUUUAUUAAAACAUGAUUUAACACUGAAUUAUAUUUAUUAUCUAAUACAGUAUUUGUACUGCAUUAUUUUCUAAGAUCUGAAGAAAAGGUCACUUCCAUUAAGUACAUUCCUUCUAAACAUUUACAUCUACCAUGUUUUGUUUUUAUAUACUUAUUUAAUAAAUUCUAAAGA